AUGGUAACAAGGAUAAGCACAACUCAAGCAACGGCUCCCAUCUUGGGUUCAAAGUUAUCACUCGAUCACAUUAUGAUUUAUGCACUUCAAGACAUGGUCGUUAGGAUUAGACCACAAAAAAUGGAGACACUUAAAACUACACACGUACCAUGGUAUCUUGAGAGUUCUCAAUUACUAAGAAAUAAGAAAAUUCAAAUGAUUUCUAUAUUCCUUGAAUCAUUACCACAACAUUAUUUAAAUACAUUAAACGAAAAUAAGAUUGAAAUCCCUAUAGUGCCAAGAAAAACAUUAUUUGAUUACGCCAAAUUUGUACGUUACAUAAGAAUCCGUAGCUUAGAAUGGCAUUUAACAAAGUGGAUUCAACAUAACGUAGGUCGCAGUAUCAGUGAAAGGAACCCUGAUUUAAAAAGGAAGGUUUCAAUUAUCGUACAAGUAUUGUUGGAACAUAUUUUUAGAUCAACGCCAACCAUAUAUGAAUUGAUUGUUAAUAGUGAUAAUUAUACCUCAGAAUCUUUAACAUCAGCUAUAAGAAAUGUACCCGAGGUAAAUAUUUCCUUAGCCAGUGUCAAAACCUUCACAUUUGGUAAAAUACUUACUUCGAUGCCAAAUAUAUUCGAAACUCUUUCAACGAUUUGUCAGAGAAUUAAUAAAUUGGAGAUUUGUCCAUCACAGGAUGUAAAACAUACGGCUAGAUUAAUUAGUAAUCAAACGAAUUUAAAAUCGCUCACACUUGUAGAUAAUUCUAAAAGAUCAAAUCAUCGUAAAACAAAAAAUAUAACAUUUGCUUGGGAUAACGAAAUAUUUAAAGAAGUGUUAUAUAAAGCUGAUACUAUAACUCAACUCACUUUAAAAAACGUUUGUUUAUCCUUGAAGGAAUUGAAUUACUUUGAAAAUUUGGAAGAAUUAUAUCUUACAAAUUAUAUGGGAAACAUUUCUCAAGAAAAUUUUCAGGACUUGACAGAAAUAUCCCUAAAAAAACUUUUAAAGUUUUCCUUUAUUUCUUUAAUUUCAGAAAUUUAUUUAAAAAAUCUUUGUAAAUUUAUAAAAAAUUCUAAAGAAUUGACACAUCUCAAGAUUCAAGGAUAUAAUUGGCAUGACCCUGAUUAUUCUAUCACAUGGAUAAAUUCCUUGGCUAAAAAUAAUCGAAAUCUCAUCUCUUAUGAGGGACCUAUUGGAGCAGGUGAUGUGGUUGCAUUGUGGAUACUCUUGGAUUCUUGUACAAAUCUACAGAAAUUACACCUACAAUGUACAAGAUAUAAUUUCUACGCUCUCGCUCCAAAUUUAGAUUUAAAAAGUUUUGAUAAUAUACUUCGAGAACUUACCAGAAAACAACCUUUGGCUUUGAGAAAAUUAAUAGUGGGAAGAGGAUGGUCUCUUUCCUCUAAAGGAGUUGAAAAGUUCAUAAAUAGUAGAAAGAAAUUAUCCUUGCCGAUUAGAUUUGAAUGGAAUCCACAUACAGAAAUUAUAGGAGAUUUGACUGAAUUGAUUAAGAGAUAUCGUAGUUCAACUAAGGUUCACUCAUAUCAAACGGAACAUUAUUUUUAG